UCGAUUGUCAAACGGAUAAAUUUGGAUUUAACACAAGAAUUUGAGCACAAUAAAUAAGCUAUUAUAUUUUUGAUGCCCCCGUAGCUUGCAGUUGCAACUUUUUGGGCGAGAUUUUACCGAUUCACCGAAACAAAAUAAUAUGGCUGCGAUUAGGAAAAAGUUGGUCAUCGUUGGAGAUGGUGCUUGUGGAAAGACGCGUCUGCUCACAGUAUUUAGCAAAGACCAGUACCCCGGCCAGUCAGUUGAGACCUAUGUAGCUGAUAUAGAAGUAGAUAGCAAACAGGUUGAAUUAGCAUUAGUGGAUACAGCAGGUCAGGAAGACUUCGACAGACUGAGACCGCUCUUAUAUCCAGACACAGACGUUAUACUCAUGUGCUUUGCUAUUAACAAUCCAGACAGUUUAGAAAACAUCCCGGAGAAAUGGACACCAGAGGUCAAGCAUUCCUGUCCCAACGUGCCCAUCAUCCUGGUGGGUAACAAGAAGGACCUUCGUAACGACGACAACACCAAGAUGGAGCUGCAGCGGACCAAGAAGACCCCCGUCACGUACAACAAAGGUCACCGGAUGGCAGUCAAGAUCAAUGCUGCCAAGUACAUGGAGUGUUCGGCCGAGACCAACGAUGGGGUGAGGGAGGUCUUUGAAACGGCCACAAGGGCAGCACUGCAGAGCAUUGAGAGCAAGAAGCGCAAGAAGAAGCUUUCAUGCAAGAUCUUCUAAGACAUCGUGUAAGAUCUUCUAAGACAUCGGACAAUGAUCAAACUGUGUCAGUCA